UAAACAUGAUUACCUGCACCAGUACCCCCAUGGUGGGCCUCCUGAUACAGGGUGGACCAUUAGAUAUUGACCAUGUGGUGGACCUUCUCCGGAGAAAAGUUAUUGUUCUGGUUCUACAGGGAACAGGACUGGGAGCCGAUCUUAUAGCGUUUGUGUACUUUGAAAAAGUUCAUCACCAGGGUGAUGAGUACGAGUCUUUUGUGAAAACUGAGUUAAUUAAGAGAAUGAUGAACUGUUAUCCAAAGGAUUUUGUGGACAAUGAGCUGGCCCAAUGAAUGUAGAGACAAAAUACUGGAGUGUGUUAAUCUCGCCCACCAGGAGAAUGGGAGGUUCCUAACUAUUUUGGACAUAAAUGCGGAUCCCACUGGACUUAAGAAUUUGGACAAAUACAUCUUACUCACAUUGUUUGAAU